AUGGCAUCAUCUUCGCAAUCAUACCUUUCCACCAGAGGAGGUUCCUAUGGUCUUGGUUUUGAAGAGGUAGUAUUGAAGGGUCUUGCGCAGGAUGGCGGCCUGUUCAUCCCCCAGGCAAUACCAUUGUUGAGCGCCGAGGAUCUCAGUGAGCUCGAAAAUCUUUCUUUCCAAGAUCUGGCUGUCAGGAUAUUCUCCUGUUAUAUUUCAGAGUCGGAGAUUCCUCGCAAUGAUCUUCGAAAGAUUGUCGAGAAGUCCUACUCGACAUUCAGAGCCCCAGAUGUUACACCCACCGUGACUUUAGAUCAAAGUCGCAACCUGUACUUGUUAGAGCUAUUUCAUGGACCAACCUUCGCUUUCAAGGAUGUUGCCUUGCAGUUUUUGGGGAAUUUGUUUGAAUAUUUCCUCGUGCGGAGGAACGAGGGCAAGUCGGGAAAGGACCGAGAGCACCUUACAGUCAUUGGUGCGACGAGUGGAGAUACAGGUAGCGCUGCAAUCUACGGGCUAAGAGGCAAGAAAGAUGUGUCUGUGUUCAUCAUGCAUCCGAAGGGUAAAAUAAGUCCCAUUCAGGAAGCGCAGAUGACUACUGUGACCGAUGCCAAUGUCCAUAAUUUGGCCGUCGAAGGCACUUUCGACGAUUGUCAAGACUUCGUCAAAGCCUUAUUUGGAGAUGCAGAGAUGAACAAGACGCAUCGCUUAGCAGCAGUAAACUCCAUUAACUGGGCCCGUAUAUUGGCACAGAUAUCGUACUAUUUCGCGUCAUAUUUUUCGUUAAAGCGAUCUGGCAAGCUCAACGAAGGAGCUGCCGUGCGUUUCGUAGUUCCAACAGGAAACUUUGGUGACAUCCUGGCAGGUUACUUUGCAAAAUGCAUGGGUCUGCCCGUGGAGAAACUAGUUGUCGCAACAAACGAAAACGACAUCCUCUAUAGAUUCUGGAAAACAGGGCAUUACGAGAAAAAGCCUGUUCACGGAAGAGAAGCUGCAGGCGGAUACCCCGGAGUCGAGGCUCACGAAGAUGGCGUAAAGGAGACGCUUGCGCCUGCCAUGGACAUUCUCGUCAGCUCGAAUUUCGAAAGAUUGUUGUGGUUCUUGGCAUUUGAAGUCUAUGGCAAAGGCGCCAUUGAAGAAAAGCAAAAGAUUGCUGGCGAGAAAGUCAAGAGUUGGCUAGAAGACUUGAAGGCUGAUGGGGGCUUCAGCGUGGAGCCUGCAGUCUUAAAUGCCGCGAAACGGGAUUUCGAGUCUGAGCGUGUAUCUGACAAACAAAUCCUCGAGACCAUCAAGGCCGUGUAUGGCUGGAAUGCGGAUCAAAAGCAUUACGUGCUAGAUCCGCAUAGUGCAAUUGGUGUCAACGCAGCAUUGAAGUCUUCUCCAUCACCAAGCACAAUUACCGUAGUUGCAUGUACGGCACACCCAGCAAAAUUUUCUGCUGCAGUGGAAGAGGCUUUGAAGGACGAGCAAGGCUUUGAUUUCAACAAGACUGUUCUGCCUAAAGAAUUCGUAGGUCUAGAUCAGUUGCCUAGGCGAGUGACAGAUGUUGCGAAAACGGAAGGAUUGUCAGGAGUAAGGAGAAUUGUGAUCGAACAGGUUGAGAUGGAGCUUCAAGAAAAGGGCCAUUGA